AUGUCCGACACGUAUGAAAAGAAGGAGUCCGGCUUUGGCGAGGGGAACGUCCUCAAGCCUGAUGAAGCCGUCGAUGUAGAAGCAAGGCGCAAUUCCACCAUGGUCCAAGGUCGCAAGAUGAGCAGAAUCGGUCCGCCUCCAAGGCUAGGUUCUCUGCCCGAUACCUCGGCGUCUGAUGACGAAUAUGGCAAGCUGGUCGCAAUGGAGGCCAAUGAUGCCAUCAAGUAUCGGACUUGCUCAUGGCAAAAGACGGCCGCUUUGCUCUUCUCCGAGUAUAUCUGCUUGGCCAUCAUGUCAUUCCCGUAUUCGUACUCGGUUCUCGGCUUGGUGCCGGGUAUCAUCCUCACGGUUGUGCAAGCCGCAUUCGUCCUCUACACGUCUCUGGUGGUCUGGGAGUUCUGUCUCCGGCACCCUGAGACUAGAGAUGUCUGUGACAUUGGACAGAUGCUGUUCUGGAACUCGAGAUGGGCGUGGUACUUUACGGCCGUUAUGUUCAUUUUGAACAACACCUUCAUCCAAGGCCUCCAUGUCCUCACCAUUUCACGCUAUCUAAACACCAUGAGUGGCCACACCGUUUGCACCGUCGGCUUUGCGGCCAUUGGCGCCGUUGUUUCCUGGGUUUGUUCCAUGCCGCGCACUUUUAGUGCCUUGUCGAAACUUGCCGCGUUUUCUGCCUUCUUCACCUUCGUCAGCGUCAUUCUCGCUGCUGCCUUCGCUGGCGCCGAAGGGAAGCAUGGCACAGCAGGCUACAAUCCGGAUCCCAACCACGUCAACGCUUUGGGUGUGAAGUUGGGCGGCGAGCCUCUUGUUCUCGCGGUGCCAAUGGCUGGCACGACGUUUGUUUCGGGGAUGAACGCUUUUCUGAACAUCAGCUACACAUUCAUCGGACAAAUCACACUGCCUAGCUUCAUUGCCGAGAUGAAGAACCCUUACGAUUUCCGCAAGGCGCUGUGGCUGGUCACCAUCUGCGAAAUCAUUCUGUUCAGCCUCGUUGGCGGCAUUGUCUAUGGCUAUACCGGCACCCAAUACAAUACGGCGCCUGCAUUCGGCAGCCUGGGCAACGACAUAUACAAGAAGGUCUCCUUCUCGUUUAUGAUCCCGACGCUCAUUUUCCUCGGUGUUCUGUACGCCUCCGUUUCGGCCCGCUUUGUGUUUUUCCGCCUCUUUGACGGCACGAGGCACAAGAGCUCGCACACCGUCGUGGGCUGGGUGUCCUGGGCGGCCAUCCUGGGGGCGACGUGGAUCUUGGCCUUCAUCAUCGCCGAAGUCAUCCCUUUCUUCGCCGACCUCCUUUCCCUGAUGAGCAGUUUGUUCGACUCCUUCUUUGGCUGGAUCUUUUGGGGGGUUGCGUACAUGCGGAUGCGACACGCGGAUCUGGGACCGGGAUUUUGGAAGAAGAGGGGCAUCCGCGGAUGGAUUGGGUUCCUGAUGAACAUCUUCAUCAUUAUCGUGGGCUUCUAUUUCUUGGGCGUCGGCACUUAUGCCUCUGUCGACAGCAUUGUCCUGGAUUACGAGAACGGCAACGUCCGAGGCGUCUUCACCUGCGCCGACAACUCGGUCUAA